CAGUUGUUUACCGGUUUUUUAUUUAUUCUCUGAUUAUUAUUGAUUAAUUAAUUUUCUCUAUUGAUUUUCUUUGAUUGAAUUGUAUUUUUUCUUUUGUUCAAUUUACUCUGUGUGGUGAUUAAAGUCUUGCGGUGUUUCAAAAGGGAAAACAUAUCAUGGAGGUUACUAGUUUUGAUGAUCUUCUUCAAAAAGCUGAGCAACUUCAAGCUCAAGUUGAUUUACCUUUUCCUCGGAUCGAGCGUAAUAUUAAACAAUUAUAUGAAGUUGGUCACAAUUUAUGGACUCGAACUGGUUAUCAUGCUUCCAGAGAUUCUAAUGAAGCACGAGCAUCGGUACUUCUUGGUUCUAAAGGAUAUGACCUGCAGAAAGCUAAUCAACAUUUGGAAUCAUUGAAAGCAGAUUUUUCUACCGUUGAAUCAUCCAAGAUUAGUGAUAUCCAUGGAUUUUUAAAGAAUGAGAGAGAAAAUGCUGUUCUUUCAUCUAUUGAGGAGGUAAAAAAGGCUACCUUUGAAAUUGUCGAUGGUAAAUGUUGGUCUAAAACCGCCAAAGAUUGGGAAGAUCAAAAAAUGUCCAUUUUAACCAAUCUUGUUGGAGAUGAAAAUGACUCAUCUGAUGUUACCAUGGCUAAUCUUUCAUCUAGAUUAGUUACCACUCCAAGGAUUAAAAUGAGAGAUCUUACCUCUAGAUUGACCACCAGAGAUGUUGCCAAUUAUACACCAAUUUUAGAGCUUAUAAAAAAAUCUCCAACUGACCAAAAUUUAUCAACCUUGUCCAGUGCUUUGAGAGAGCAUAAAGAUUUCGAGACUGUGUUGGGUUAUAAAACUGUUGAUGGUAAUAGAGUAACUGGAUUAAUUGAUCAAUAUCAUCCUGAUCCAAUGAAACUAAUCCGACGUGUUGCUGCUGAUUGUGAGGAGACUGGAUUGAUUGAAGAAGCCAUCAAAUUAUAUGAUUUAUCUCAAGAUGAUGAGAAAUGUUUGGAUUUACUAAUUAAAUAUUUAACACCCUUAGUGCCUAAGAAAAAAGUACCAAAUGAAUUGAGGGACAAAUUGGAACCAUUAGCAAUUAAUAUCGCUGAAAGGUAUCACAAUUAUGGUUACGAUGCCAAACCAGAAAUGGUUUCAGUUUUUCAUUUACUAUUAGAUUUGAUGGCAUUUUUUGACAAUUACCAUAAAUUAUCACUCGAUGAUGCUAUGGAGAUAAUUGAAAAACUCAACAUUCUACCAUUUAAAAUUGAACAAGUCGAUGCCAAAGCCAAUGAAUUUUCCUCAUAUGCUGAUGAGAUUCGCCAAUUAAUUCCAGACAUUUUAGUUGCCACCAUGAAUAUACUUCACACUCAAUAUAAGAAGAUCAAAUCAAUCGCUCCAUUGACAUCUAGUAAAUUUGGUGUAUUAGUUGAAGCAAAUGAAAAAGAGGGACUUCUUACAUCUCUUAAAUCAAAAGCUCGUCUUUUGAUCACCUAUGCUGGUAUGAUUCCUUACCGAAUGCCUGGUGACAUUAAUGCUCGUCUCGUUCAAUUGGAAGUCACAAUGAAUUAAAUCAAUUAAUCUCUCCUCAUUUCUAUUCAUCACAAUACAAUUAACGUCUUUUUUUCUCUCUCACUAAUAAAGUUAACAUCAAAGAAAAACAAA